AUGAUCAUUCUUGAAAAAAUUGGAAAAGUAGCUUUUAGCUUAGAUGCCCUUGUUUGCAGAAAUCUGCAUGCAGAAUUCCAACGUCGUGUUCUGAAGUACUGUGAGCAUGAGAUGGCUAAACAGGAGAAAAUGACUGAACUAGAAAUGCGCGAAUGUCUCCCAACAAAACUCUACACUCGGAUCAACAAGUACAUGCAAUGGUCAGCCCUUGCCCAUUCCCAGCUCUUCGAAGGUUGCGAGUUAGCAUUUCUCAAAGACCUCGUUGCUCGUCUUGAACCAAUGGAUUACGGACCUGGCGAUGUCAUUAGCGCAAGAGGAGAACUGAAUAAGGUAGCGACUGAUUUAUCUGUAACUUCAUCUUCUAAAACGCUUGCGUCGAAUCGAAAGAUGAAUUGA